AUGGUUCUGAUUCAGUCGAGUUUUGCUUCUGUGGUAGCCGCAUUUGGGCUGUUAGUCAACAUCGUCGUGGCCACUGGGCCAUUGAACGGCCUUCCCGUGCUCAAUGGACCCGUUCCAGUUGUCCCGCAAGUCCUUGGAUCAAAAAAGCAUGUCGGCGAGUUUAUACAUCCGGGGCUCUGGCAUACGCAUGACGAUCUUGAGCGCAUCCGAUUGGGAGUAGUGAAAGGACAAGAGCCAUGGAAAUCAGCGUACGAAAAAUUCAGCGCAGAUUCCUUCUCCCAAGCUUCCUAUACUAUGCAAGGCCCAAAAAGCGUCAUAUGCAGAGGUGGGUGUAGCAAUAACUACACAACCUUCAGCAACGAUGUGCGCGCAGCCUAUCAGAAUGCAUUGAUGUGGUAUAUCACGAAGAACCAGAGCCACUGGGAUCGAUCUACCACGAUCCUGGACGCUUGGGGCACAAAUUUGACUUCCAUCAUCGGCACCGACACUUCUCUUCUCGUUGGCCUUGAAGGAGACAUGUUCGCCAAUGCGGCAGAGAUUAUGCGAUGGGAAGGAGGCUGGAUUGAGGCGGGGGCGAAGGCUUCGGGUGGAAGCGGAUUCUCGAAUCAACUGUACUGGCUGUUUGCACGUCAAUCCAUCAUUGUUGGCCAGGCAAACUAUGGCAUGGUUAGCAUCAAGGCCCUGCUGUCUUUUGCCGUUUACCUAGACGAUGUGACGCUGUAUAAUUACGCGGUAUACGCUUUUCAGAAUGAUCUUUGCGCUGGAGUAUAUGGAAACUUCCAUCCAGAAACGGGACAGAGUGCAGAAACUGGUCGCGACCAGGGCCAUGCGCAAGGUGGCCUAGGCUGGACUGCAGAGGCGGCAAGAAUCAUGCAAUCUCAGGGAGCGGAUGUGUACUCGCUUGGGGACAACCUUCUGCUCAAGGCCGCAGAAUACACAGCUAAAUACAACUUGGGCUAUGAUGUGCCUUACGAUCCCAAGUUCUACCGUUGCGAGGCAAUUCUGAUCAACGGACCGUGGGCCCUACCAUCCAACAUCAGUCGGGGAGUCGCCAAACCACCGCCUAAAGUUUGGGAUAUUUUAUACUAUCAAUAUGUCGUCAAGCGCGGGCUUCGCGCUCCUUAUACUACCAAAAUGAAGACAACGAUCAAUGGCCUCGGAGGCGAAGGCAACCCUGGCACAACCAGCCCUGGCGACCAUCCAAGCUGGGGUGAUUUGAUCUGGUCCUAUGACAAAAAGGGCAAGUUUCUCAAUGACAACGGAAGGACUAUUUGGGGAGGCGGCGAAAUUGGGCCUAAUGGAAAAGGCAUGAUUAACUCUGCUUGA